UCCCUUGGUGACGUGUCAGUUUGUUUACAGCGCUGCAGCCGCGGAGACGCUGGCAUGGCUGUGGAUAUAACUUUGCUUUUUAAAGCCAGCGUCAAAACAGUAAAAACCAGAAACAAGGCGAUAGGAAUCGGCUUUGACUCCGCCAAAGAUGACAUUCUGAAGCGGAGCAGACCGAAGAACGGCUUCACUCCCAAGGCGAAGGAAGUGAUCACAAACAUCACCAAGCUCAAAGACUUUCUGCUGCAACACAGGAAAGAUUAUGUGAGUGCUGGAAGUCUCAUCUCAUCAGAUCUCACCCGUAUGACGGACAGUGAACGAGAUCAGAUAGACCAGGAUGCUCAGAUCUUCAUGAGGACCUGUUCAGAGGCCAUCAGGCAGUUACGCAAUGAAGCAGAGAAGCAGGUGACAUCAGCCCAGAUUAGGGAGCACAGAGGGGCCGUGCUGGACCUCAUCGAAAUGUAUCUGAAAGGGGUAUGUAAGCUGUACUCUGAGCAGAGAGCAAUUAGAGUUAAGAGGAUGGUGGACAAGAAGAGACUAUCCAGGUUGGCACCAGAACAUCACAAGAGAGUGGAGAAACCCGUGGAAGUGGAAACCACAGAGGAGAAGACUGAGACUGUCAAGGAGGAAAGUUCUGAGAAGAGUGUGUCCGAGGUCCUUGACAACACUGUGGAGCACCUGUGGCAGGAGGGUCGAGUGGAGGACGAGCUUUCUCCUGAGGAGAUCCAAAUGUUUGAGCAGGAAAACCAGAGGCUGGUGAGUGAGAUGAACAGCCUGGUGGAUGAAGUGAGGCAAAUCGAGGGUAAGGUGGUGGAGAUCUCACGUCUCCAGGAGAUCUUUGCUGAAAAAGUCCUACAACAGGAAACAGAAAUAGACAGCAUUCAUCAGCUGGUCGUGGGUGCUACCGAAAAUGUUAAAGAAGGCAAUGAAGACAUACGAGAGGCAAUAAAAAACAAUGCUGGCUUCCGGGUAUGGAUCCUAUUCUUCCUCGUCAUGUGCUCGUUCUCUCUGCUCUUCUUGGACUGGUAUGACAGCUAACACAGCUGCCGCCGUGGACUCUAUACAGAAGGAAGGAUCAGGCACAUGGAAACGGAGAGCUAAUGUACAGUGGGCCGCGCUGCUUCUGAGAGACAAGUUGCUGCUCAUGAAGACUUUCAUGUGGUGUUCCCUAAUCACAUCUAUGAACCACUGCUUGGAGGGCAGCUUCCGUGCGGAGGCGAGCUCUGUGUAGAGCACUGUGUCCACUUUAACAGUCUGUCUUUUUAGCACUUAAAGAGAUAAUGGUUUAAUUGUCUGCAACUCUUUUUGUCUGACUGACUGUUGCUAUUUCAAAUUACCUUAAUGCACUAGAAGACAAUGUGACAAGACAAGGCUCACAUUGACUUUCGUGAAUAACAAAUAAAUUGCCUUUCACUGGUAACUCGCUGUUUUGAUUUCCAGGCAAUUAUGAGCAGCAGAACAAUCAAAAUGAUGCCUGUCACAGCAUAACUUGCCUCUGGCUUUCUGGCAAAAUAAAACAGCAUUCUUAAUCAAAGUCUGUAUUUUCAUUUGCUUCAGGGUAUCAUUUUUUUCGUUUAACACUUAAUUUAUGUUCUACAAUCUGAUAAUAUCAAGUGCAGCAAAGUGCCAGAAGACCAGGGCUGCUUCUGGUUUGUGUCGGUUCAAGUAAAGGAGCUGUCAACAUUAAAUCGAGUUUCUUGCUUUAAAGUCAA